UCUUGACCUAUCCGGGCGGGGCGGGGAAGACGAAAAGGUGGUGGUGAGGAAGGGCCUUUCCGGAGGCGAUGCCGUCUGCAUUCUCAGUCAGCAAGUUCCCCGUCAGCAUCCCCGCCGUGAUCACGCAGACGGACUGGACGGAGCCCUGGCUCGUGGGGCUGGCUGCCUUCCACGUGCUCUGCCUGCUGCUCACCUGGUUCUCAUCCCGGAGGUACAAGCUACAGGUGGGGCACUUCCUGUGCCUGGUGACCUUAGUCUACUGCGCGGAGUACAUCAAUGAAGUGGCGGCAGUGAACUGGAGGUUGUUCUCGAAGUACCAGUAUUUUGACUCGAGGGGCAUGUUCAUCUCCAUAGUGUUCUCAGCGCCCGUGCUACUGAACGCCCUGGCCAUCGUGGUCCUGUGGGUGCGCAAGGCCCUGACCGUGAUGACCGACCUGAGGGCCCUGCAGCAGAGGAGGAGGGCCAGGGGCAGGCCCGGGAGGAGUGACGCCUCGGAUCCGGCCUCGCGCGCUCCUGGACUGCACUUAGACCAGCCUUUAGGACAGAGUUUGCCGCACGUCCACCAGGGCACUCGCCGGGCCUGCAGGGGGUCCCGUCUCUCCAGUUAAGUUGUAAGCAAACGGAACUGCGCACGUCGCCACACGUCCACGGGACUCCUGUGACCGUGUGAGCUACCAGACAUCCGUCCACAUGGGGACGGUGACUGAGUGAGGGACAGUGCCAUGCACGUGUGGGCACCUCCGUCACCCCCAUCAACUCGCAUCACCUCCAUCACCCCUAUCACGCCCGUCACCUCCUGUCACCUCCAUCACCCCUGUUACCUCCAUCACCCCCUGUCACCUCCAUCACCCCCUGUCACCUCCAUCACCCCCUGUCAACCCCCAUCACCCCUGUCACCCCCAUCACCUCCAUCACCCCUGUCACCUCCAUCACCCCCUGUCACAUCUGUCACCCUGGCCUGAUCUGCAUAGCGGUGGCCUCUCCAUGUGGUGCUGCCACAGGACAGAACACGAGGGGCUGCCUUUCCUUUCAUCCAGUUAGAGAUGUGACGACCCUCGGAGGCCCUGGGUCGGAAUCCACAGAAGCAGUGGCUGGAUGAGCCCCUUGAGUUGUCUUUAGGAAGGAAAGUUGCCAGUAGAAACAGUCAACAUUCACCUGUUUCAACUAACAGAUUUUUUUUAUAGCAAAUACAAAGAUUGAUUGUA